AACAAGCCUCCAGUUCAGAAAAGUUGCCAAGAGGUAGAAACACCAGAGGACUCAUGAGCUUCACCUGGGAGGUGAAGAACCCAGCCUCAUCCAUGGCGACGGUGACACUGUUGAUUCUUGCCUUUCUCUGCAAAGGUCUGCGGAGUCAGAAGCCGGGAUAUGAUCUUAACACACUAAAGGCUGUCACCAUGCAGAGAGGUCUCUGCGUUCACAUUCCCUGCAACUUCACUUAUCCCACUUCUCAGUACUCUGGGGAAUUAUACAUCUACUGGAUUAAGGACGAUAGUGCUGGGUCCUCUAUUCACAACAUCUGGCACCCAAAUGCUGGAAGUGUUGUUGCCAGUAGUUACAAGGGUCAAAGCAUUGCCUCAUUUGCUGGGAAUCGUUUCCAGUUGACUGGAAAUCCAUCAGAAGGUGACUGUUCCUUUAGCAUCAAUGAUGUUAAGUUUGAGGAUGAAGGCCAGUACUAUUUUUGAAUUGA